AAACUUCAUGUUGCACAGCUCUAGCGACAUACGCACAUUCUUCGUUUUUACCCAAAUUAGAAGUAUUUCAACGCUAGGAUAUCAUCCUGCUGCGCUCAGAAUGAAAAGAUAUGCGUAAAAAGAACAAAUUCCACGGAAAAGCCACAAUAAGGCCGCCUUUUCUUCAGAAAAGAUAGGUUUUCCGACAUCUCAGCGAUCGAGAUCGGGAGGAAAACAGCUUAGCUACACACUGUAAGCACUGUAAUUCGCGCAUUGUCGUGCAGGUCGUUGUGCCCUUUAGUGUGCGUUAAAAACAUCUGAGGUUUAGGUUAUAGCAGCUUUACGAAGGAAACAUGGACCGAGGAGGCUGUCAGAUGAAUGGUGGCGGCGGAGGGGAGAGCAUUGGGCCCGACCGACAGGGAAUGAUCACGCUGGAAGACCUGGAGUCGUUCUCCGAGGAUCAGCUGUCAGACUCCGGCAAUGGAAGUCUGGAAGAAGGCGAAACUAUGGAGGAAGAAGAGGAUCAGGACCGUCUGUUGCACUACUGGCAAGACGUGGCUCGGGGACACCAAGUUGACGUUCCUGAAGAUAUGGCCGAACCCAUUCAGCAGCUGACUACCAACAAUGAUGGUCGCAGUAGCAGAGAGCAUGUGCCAUUUACACUCCUAACCCGCAAAGAGAAGUGUGGAGAGCUGCUGUAUGAGAAGCGGCAUUAUGAAAAGGGCCACUGGGCUUGUAUUACAAUGCGAGAGGACACUUAUGAACAGAGCAUCUGCUAUGGAUUUAUGAGGAUCAUGAGAUACAUCUGCGAGCAGAACUCUUUGGGUCACUACCUGGGCAUGUCCCUGCCCAUUGUGACAGUGGUGCGCACAGAUGAGAGCCGUUCAGUCUUCUCUCAUGAUGUUACUGUGGCCUAUUACCUUCCUGCAGUGCACCAAGCCCAGCCUCCUCAACCCUCUGACAGCGACAUUUCCAUUGAGCUCUGGCCUGCUACUAUUGUAUAUACACGGCCAUUUACUGGUCCAACUAAUGAAGUGACCAUCAUGAAUCAGAUGAACACCCUGGCAGAGCUGCUGGACUCUCCUAACGUGUGUGUUAACGAUUCAUUCAUCAUAGCCGGCUACACAAACCCAGCCCAUAGCCACCGGCAGAAUGAGAUCUGGUUUUUGGAGCGACGCUGAGGGCAACACUAUAUCUGACCUGUCAGAAGAAUUAAGACUGCCUCUGUCAUUGCUUUUCUUUAAGAGCCCACCACCAUGAUUGACAACAGCCUGGGCAUUACAUGGGGCAUAUGGGAACAAAACCCUUACUAUAACAUCAGUGAGUUGUUGUCCACUUUUGAACUGACCGUUCACUCCAAGUCACUGCCAUGCCCUGGUUGGCCUGAGAAGAAGUAUAGGGCAUUUGUGGAUUUGUGGGGUGUAAGUGAGACCAUAGCCUGACUGUACUGUACUGUUUGUCAGAAACACACACCUGCCCUGAGACUUUGUAGUGUGCCACAACAUAAGCACUUUGUGAGGCUAGGUAUGUCUGUUCUGUAUGUUUUAUUUUAAGUCAUCAGGAUAUUCAUGUAAUGCUAAACACUGCUAUAUAGGAUGUGUAGUUAGUGCAAUAGAUGUCAGACAAAACAAUGCACUUGACAGUGGUAUAACCUCAAAUCUCAUUACUACCUGAAAUAACUCUGGUUGAACCAUAAAUAAGCUCAAUUUGCAGGACACUAGGAAGCCUCACACCACGUGUAGGGUUGAAUGUACAGGGUAAAGACAGAGCUCUCUUACAAACCAAACCUAUUCAUACUACUGCUGGAUGACAAUCGUGACUUACUCAUCAUGUUUUCUCUCAAACAAGUUCAAUGCAUUCCAUAUGUCAUGGACAUAUUACAUAUGUACCUCUCUCUCCUCAUCUCUGUUCCAUCAUUGCAAGUCUUUUUGCACUCACUACUGCACUGCAAAUGCCACUGCUGCUGAUGAAACUAGAAAAGACAAGCGCACAGAGAAUAUCUACUGUGAUAAAUGAUGUUUAUGUUUAAAUAGACUUAUUAUAUUUUUUAUUUUGUAUCACAGAAUCUAAGGAGGGAGUAGUAUGUUCAUAAUAUUUGUUUUGUAAAUGAACCAAUGCAACACAGCAGUGUUACACCAGCUAUAUUCACUGAAAUAUGUCCUUUUCUACAGAAAGUUAUGGGUUGUUUGCUUUGGCACCACAAAAUAUGCAAACUGUAUUAACUGGACAUAUAGUAGCCAUAUCAACACUGUGAGGAUCAGGGAGCAAGGGCAGUGGAAGUCUAUAAAAUGUCUGUUUUUUAAAAUGAUGUAUUGUAUUGAAGGUUAUUGUUGAAACUAUGUUCUGUCAAAAAGUAAGAUAGAAUUGUGUGGUGCCUGUGUCCUUUGUUCAGAAGCAGUUUUACAGUGAGCUACUCACAUCCAAAGAGUUUGACAGCAUUCAGUGACUUGUGCAAAGUUUAAUGUAAACAAAAAGCCAUGAAGCAUUUAAAUAUUUAAGUUCCCUUUAACAGGAUGAAACAAAUCAACUAUGUUUUCCUUCUCUGCUUAUUUUAGUGUUUUGCAAAAGUGUGCUGUACUGUGAAUAUGCAAGUGCAACAGCAGCGGCUACUGUGGUUAUCUGGUUUCAAUAAAAUAUGUUUUUCUCCUA